AUGUACCGGCUUAUCCAUCCCCUUCCCCGACUCCGGGAGCUCAUCAUUUACACCGAAUAUGAUCAGCCUCCAUAUCGAGGGCUGGAAAGAGGUAUACGAUGGCACUAUCCCGCAGAUAUCUUCCAAGCACUCCUGCCGGGAGCGAAGAGCGUGACCGAAGCAACUUUGAAGCCGUACCAUACACAGCUCAAGAGCUGGGAAUGGAGCGGGCGCUUGAUUGGAGGCUACGUCGAUGGACUGAAGGACAUUAGCCGCAUACAUGAGUUGCCAUCUUUUGCAACCCUGACACGUGUGAGCUUUACGAACUUUCAAACACCAUCCCUACUCAAGCGCCUGCCGAAAAAUGACGAGGAGGCAGCACAAUUUUUCAAUGAAGACAAUUCCCACAUUGAAUUGAUCGCCGCAUCGAUAACAAAAUUGCCAGCACUAUCUCAUCUUGUGUUCGAGUCAUCAACCGUCAUGAACGACCAUAUGCUUACUCUCCUACCAACUGGCUUGCUUCAUCUCGAGCUCAUCAACUGUUGGGAAAUUCGCUCUUUUGACCUCGCAGCUUUCCUCCGUGACAAAGGUGGCGAGGUGCGCAUUCUCAGCCUCCAUCACAAUCAAUCACUUGACUUGGGGUUUCUGACUGAUCUUGCUGAUACAUGCCCCAAGCUGCGCGAGCUAGACAUGAACCUUUCUUACUACAAGCUUUACGAUUCGGGGAAUGACGCAGAUCCCAUGUACGACCAGGCUUUGCUGCCCGAUCAAGUGCCUCGCUGGCCACCUAGCAUUCGCGUCAUCAACCUUGAACACAUUCGUGACUGGUCCGUUGAAGCAGCUGAGAUGUUCCUUCAGACCCUGAUUAACAAUGCGCAUAAUCUACCCAAUCUGCGUCAUCUCUCCGUCAAGACCAUGCUAGACAUCCCGUGGCAGUCUCGUGCUUCAAUGCGCACUGCUUGGCGUGAUAAGAUGGAAAGGGUCUUUUUGCGGCCGUCUCCUCUACCACCGCAAGACUGUAAAACGCACCAAUCCACAAUCGUGGGACCAACCACAUCAUCCAAGAAGACUAGUCUAACGCCUACACCGCCCUCUCGUCGCAGCACCCGGAUCGCCGAGCAUGGGACUUCUUCCCGUGGGACACACCGAUCGUCAAUGCGCAAUUCUCGGAAUGCGAAGAGGCACAAGUCCUACAGAGACCCAAAUACGGACGAAAGCGAACUCUCCGAUUCGGAAAACUCCGAGCAUGGUGUUAGCAGCAAUGGCAGCGACGUUGCAUCGUCGGAUCCUUCUGUUCAGAUACAUGGCCUUUGCAAGACUGUAAAUCUAGUAUUCGACAAUCAGAAGGUGCGUGAGCUGCAGUACGGCAUGGAAGAUUUUCAGACAGACAACGAUGGGCUCGAGGAUGAUGAGUGGGACGGCGACUACGACUCUGAUGACCCCGUCCUGCAGUUUUAG